ACUGGGCUCCCCGGUGGGAAGCAUGCUAGCUGGGCCCAGAGAUUUCAUCUCCCGGGCGGUGAGGUGCCGUAAAGCUCUGGGUGGCGGCAUGAGGCAGGCUGGCAUACUGGCGGCAGCGGGAAAAGUGUCUUUGCUGGACAUGGUCGAGAGACUCCAAGAAGAUCACCGCAACGCGAGAACCUUCGCUCAAGCCUUGCAAACUUGCGAGCCGCCUCUGUUUGCCGUGGACAUGGCGGCGGUGGAGACAAACAUCCUGCGCUUCCAAAUUCGAGAACCCGCCUUGAAUCCGGCGGAAUUCUGCGACCGCAUGGCCCAAGUCGGGGACGGGGAGGAGGGCGCGCUGGGCCAGGGCGUUCAAGUCCUCAUGUACCCUCAUUUUGGCAAUUGUGUCCGAGCCGUGUGGCAUCUGGGGAUAUCGCCUGAAGACACGCAGCUGGCCAUCAAAAAAUUGCAAUUUGUCGCACGUCACUGCUUGGAGAAUAAAUAAUUGAGGGGCUUGAAAAAUGUUUGUUAAGUGUCUCUUAUCUUGAGAGAAGGACAACUGGAGAAACUUAAGGAGAUUUAUACUUCUUAUUUUAUUAUUCAUUUUGCUCACUCUGUAAUGUGGUCAUUGAUUCAUUGUAAAUGAUAAAAUAUAUUUUUUAAUGAAAUUAAAUCAUAUAUA